AUGAAGACGAGAGAUGUUCAGCCUGGCCGCGAUUUUGCUUAUCAGCAAUUAUUGAAGAAUUCAAAGACGCUUCUUGAUCACAUGAGUGAACACGAAGAGUGCAAAGCUCGAUCAGCGCCUGGUCGAGGUCGCGACUCAGAUUUCUCAGUCUCCAGAAAACUGGAUUUGCUCUCUGAUGCUGAAAACGGCUCGACCUCUGGUUUCACAACUGAGCGGGAGGUUUCUCCGGAACGAAAGUCAGUAACGAAAAGUAUUUGCUUCCCUCCUGCUGGUUCUUCUUUUCCAGCUCCGCCAACAACCCCGAAGAGUAGACCCGAAACAGAUGUUGAAAUAGAAUCUGAAGUCGCACCGCCAGUGCCAAAGCGUCGAUUAUCAAAAGCAUCGGCGGUGUCUUCUAUUUCGUCAAAAACUAUUGCACCAGAAAAUGACUUGCCGAAGAAUGUACCGAAACUUCAACUUGAAGGAGUCGUGUUCAAUUCGUCUCCGCGCGAUGAUACCGCAGCUAAUGGAACUGGCACGCCGCCGUCACUUUCUCCCAAAUUGCAAACCACAGGCAUCACCAAUGUUUUAGACGAAUUCAAAGAAAAGCUCGAUGAGAUGAGGGAGACAAUCGAUGAUGUCAAGGAAGAGGAUGAGCCAGAUACAGCCAGAAAGCUUCUUGAAUCGGCAAGAUCGACCGGGCGAAAGAUAAUUGACUCUAUUGCGGAUGCUCUUACUGAUCCUGAAGUAGAAGAAACCGCAAAGAAUGGCGAGGAAAGCGCGAAAUCUGAGAAAGAACCAGAAAUCGAGGCAGAAGAAAGCAAGGAAGAGGAGAUUCAAAGCCCGAUUUUUGAACCAAUUGAGUAUGGGAAAUCAAAAGUUUUCUUUGAAGAAUGGCAUUCCAGGCAAAAAAUUAAAGCUGAAAAACGGCCAAAAACUUCGAAGGGCCCAAAGAAAGCGCGGUUGGGAUGCGGAGUUUGCUAUUUGAGCAAGUCUGAAACUGACUUGAACAUCUGGGAUCACGAGGCAGAUGUCAAAUACGAAGAAGCGUCCAGAACACAACGAAUCCAGCUUCGACCAAAAAAUGCCCAUCGCGAUGCUAUGAUUGAGAUUUUCAAGGAUGUCAAGAUGCUGAUGACUGAAGUUGAGCGGCUGGAUGAGCAAAUUAAUGGCGAAGCGAAAGCACGGGCUGAAUUGGAAGAUCGAUGCAAAAAUCUUUUUGUCUAG